CAAGUGUUCGUGAGGUGACUUUCGUUUCUGACAUUCAUCCUUUGUUGGGUUUGGCGAAGAUCUCGCCUUCUGCAAAGCGAUGCGGCUCUGAGCCUUUCUUUUUCUCUUCUCGUUUCUCAUGGUAGGGCUCAGCAAGACAAUAUGUCAUUGCCCAUUUUACCGGGAGCAAGCGAGACACACAAAGCAGGGCCCAAAGCAGGGCCCCAUGUUGAGGGUCAGGGGUUGGAUUGAGGACGCCGGAGGUUGAAACUGGAAAAGGGGUUGAACAGGUGACAGCCAAUCAUGGGGCCUGCCAAGCAACGCAAUCUCACCGGCGGCCAAUCUGCGUGGCGUCUGUGGGUCUGUCCAGAUUCGGGAAGCCUUUUCUUGGCAUCAUCUCGGUCAGCCCACCUGUCCGCCUGUCCACCUCUCCUCGACCUACUACCUAGGUACUACUACUACCUACCAGGUAGCUAGCACUUGCACUGCACGGCGUGCCUUCAACGUCGAACGCGACAGGCGUCUAGCGCUGACUUCCAGCAUCGUGGCCCCCCUCGAGCACACACUGUUCAUUUCCUGUUCGAAUCCGCCCGUUUUUCGUUGCUAAUGGAUAUGUGAUGCUCCAAUUCUAUAUAAUCUAUGUUGGACAGCUGCCGAAUGAUUUGCGCCUUCGAAAUUGCACGCUUCCUGAGAAAGGGGCGGAUUUUCAUUACUGACGAAAUGGCUUGGAGAUUGUGCCCACGUGGUUUGAAGCACUUUGAAACUGGAAAUGGACAUCGAUGCCUAUGCCAAAUUAAUCUGGAUGCUCAUGUUCCGCAGCCAGAUCGUACAGCAGGUUCCUGUCCAUCUUUCCAGUCGUUAAGAGGUGGUUCUGAAAGGUAGUCUUACUGCUUCCGAAGAAUUGCCGGUCUAUUCUUCAGAAUGCCAGUGGCAUUUCCACUCGUUGUGCCAGGCAGGAUACGACGGUCUCUACUUGAGGGAAUAGUUGGUCUUGGUAUGAGCAACCUGGAAUCUGUCGAGGUUGUUUGCCGCCCUAGACGCUCUCCGCUGUGUACGCUUGGUUCCGGACACGGCGCAUUCAUUUUCAUGAUGGCCUUGCGAAGAAAUACCGACUGGUCUACCGAGCAGCCCUCGAUGGCUCUUCAUAUCAAGAGUUGGCAAUUGCAACCCUAGCUGAAUCGGCCUUCAGAUAUCCAGCAUCCAGCCCACAGAUUUUUUUCAGUCAAUCAAAGUUGAGUACCACGGUCCAUGAUAUUUUCAUUGGUGGCGGCCGGCAACAACUUCGUCAACGUUCCAAAGUUUCUUUCUGGAUUCGUGCAAACCAAACAGUCAUUUUCUCCCUGUCUGGCUAACCCAGCAGUUGCAUCUGCUCUUGCUCUCCCUCUCGCGCAUUUUGACACGAAUCACAGCCUCGUUUGCCAUGAUAUCAGCAAUUUCGCGCAUUAUGCGAUCGCCUACGUGCCUGCACUCGGCAUGCCGAAUCGGCGCCCUGAACCGGCAGCAGACCACACAAAUGAUCUUUUGAUCGAUUUCCCCGUCUUUGCUCAUGCCUUAUCUAAAAGCAUCCAGUUCACAUAAAGUUUCGAACCCCAUUGACUUCCAGUUCCUUGAAAAGACAGCCGACAGAACACGCACUCAAACAGCUUCUCUCCUACUUUGACUUUCAGCCUCGUCUCAUCUCUAGACUGCACGUCACAACGUCUGAGCUUGUAGCGCAAAAUCACCAAGCCAGUGACACGUCUAACAAGCGCUCCUCAUUUACUUCUCAACUCCAAAAUGUGCUGGAUGCUUGUUCUUCCGGGCCGGUGCCGGGUGUGCGGCCAACUCGCCAUGCCACGCCCGCAAUCAGCGCCCGCUGGGGUACCGGGCCAUUGAGAUGUCCGUCCCAUGCGCAAGCUGCCCGUCGGUGCGGUUGGAGAGGGCACUGGACCAGGUUGAGAUUGAAGGCCUCGCAGAAGGCUACAGAAACGAUGGCGCCAAGUUGACAAGGACGAUGGCUAUGAGGAGCGUAACAAUCACAACAACAACGACAACGACACUAAUCAUGAGGAUGAGAGCGAGGACGGCGGUGUCGAGAUUCAAGAUAAUGAUGAUGAUAAUGAUGAUGAUGAUGAUGAUGACAACGGCGAUGGUGAAAACGUUGACAGCAGAGCCGACCCAAGCGUGAACUGAGAUGUUGAUGGCAAGAUCGUUGUCUUCUCAGGGCCUGAGGGACACUAGGCACCAUAAGAAGAUAUGGACACAGAUGGGCUGCUUCUGGUAUGAACAUUGUGAAGACUGUGCGCUGCCAUGGUGGGCAAUGGCUGUUUUGCUUGAGGAAUGAAACUUCUUUUGCUGCUAUGCCGCAGUCACGAUAAUAGCAAUGAGACAUGAAAUCACCAACCAAGAAAUUCC